CGCAUACUUUCAUAAUUCGCUCACAAAUGGAAAUCGCUUAAAGAAUUUUAUUUUUGAAGUUCUUAAAAUUAAAGUGUAAUUAAGGCCUUUUCUAAGUGAUUUCAAGUACGCGAAACGAAUCAUUUGACGACGUAAAUACGAAACAGCGCACCGCAGUAAUCGAGCGUAGGAAUUGUAGAUUUUUUUAUUGCCAUCAGAUAAAAUUUUAUAGGACACACAAACACACACACACACACAAACACAAACACAAACACAAACGAGUGAAUUAAAUCGAAAGAGUCAGUGAAGAAAGCAUAAGAAAUUAUUAUCUAGAAAAUGGCAGCAGUACAACGUAAACUUGUUCACAAACAAUUUAAUUCUCCGAUUGCCCUUUACUCUGACAAUAACGUGAAGGAGACUUUAGAUAGAGAAUUACGACAAUUGGGCAAUGGAGCUAUCGGGAACUCUUUAAAUACACUAGCUACACUAAUGUCCCUGUUGAAAGUACAACCUAACAUCCAAAUAGAUAAUCAAUAUUAA